AUGCGGAGGGUAAAAGAAAAAGGCCCUCCAAGACUGCAAGGAAAAGCUGGCGAAGGACCAGAAAGCCAGGAACCAGGCUCCCAUGGGCAGGCAUUCGACCCCCACCCGCAGCAACUCGAUAAGGGAAAAGAACGUGGCCUGAGAUCGCUCCCCCUUGAGGAUCGCGAAUGUGAUGACCUUAGCCCCGACAUUCAUGAUUCUCCUAGUAUUCCCGCUCUCUGUCCCCGAAUCGUCCCUCGAUCGAUUCGCCGGGGACCGCGACACGCUAACUUCCGCUUGCGCCGGGACGAUGCUAGAUCAUUGAAUAGUCAACAAUCAUCACGGGCUGGGUCACAUAUGGAUACGGCCACGGGACAAGAACUUGCCGGCAUGUUGCAGGCAGAUGAGUCGCAGGUGGGCGACCAUAAUGUAGUGGUGCAAGAAGCACCAGCUACCACCGCCACCAUCGCUCCCCAGCAGGUGGAGACUGUGGAUAUCAGUACUGAAGCCACGGGACAAGAACUUGCUGGGAUGUUGCAGGCAGAGGUGGGCGACGAAAUGGUAGUGGUGCAAGAAGCACCAGCUACUACCUACCCCCACUAUUGCUCCCCAGCAAGUGGAGACCAAUGA